UUGCUGAUGGUAUAUAUACAGGCACGGCAAGAUCAAUAUUACUACCAUUGAAGUCUCUACAGGCUCUGUGGCAAACUUUUAAGUUGAGUUUAUCUCCUGAAACAGUGAGACAAAGGCUAAAUCAUGCUGGCAUCCAGGACUCUGCUGUCAAAACAAGCACUGGUUGUUCUCACUCGCCAGCCGGCCUGCUUUGUUCACCAUGGUGAUCAUGGCAAUUGGGGAAAUACCAAUAUUGCAGUGGUUUUCUCGGGAUGUGGCUGGUGGGAUGGGACUGAUGUCCAUGAGGGAGUAUACACCAUGUACCACCUGAGCCGUAACGGUGCUCGCUUCCAGGUGUUUGCUCCAAAUCAGCAGCAGAUGCACGUGAUGGACCACAUGAAGAAGCAGCCGGGGUCUGGAGAGAACCGGAACAUGAUGAUGGAGUCCGCUCGCUUCAGUCAUGGUCAGGGAAUGAUGCAAAUGCAAGAUCUGUCCAAGCUGGACGUUAACAGCUUUGAUGCUGUCAUCUUUCCCGGAGGCCACGGCAUCAUCAAGAAUCUAUCCACUUUUGUGAAGGAUGGGAAAGACUGCAAGCUGCAAAAUGAUGUGGAAAGGGUGCUUAAAGACUUCCACCGCUCUCGCAAGCCUAUUGGACUGGCCAGCAUGGCUCCUGUUCUGGCCUGCCGGGUGCUGCCCAGCAUCGAGGUGACCAUGGGCUACGAGCGGGAUGAAAACACCCGCUGGGGGAACUGGCCCAACACCAACAUGGUGCAGGCUGUGAAGAGCAUGGGCGCUCGCCAUAACGUCCGAGAGCCAUAUGAAGCCUUCGUGGAUGAGAAGAACAAGGUGGUCAGCACCCCUUCCUUCAUGUGGGAAACAGAGUAUCACUACCACUACAUAUUUGAUGGCAUUGGAAACAUGGUCAAACAUGUCAUGCGUAUGUCAACCAAGUGAUGUGACGGAAGAGGAAUAGAGGAAGUUGGUGUUGACAUAUGAUGUUUACCUCUGUAAUGAAUUCUUACCUGAUAAUAUAAAUGCUUAAGUUAAAAAGCAAAUGGCUUGUCGUGUAAAUUGAUUGUAUUGGUUAAUUUACAGAGAAGAUACACACAUCUGAGGGCUCAUGGGUUACCAUAUACUUAAUUUAAUUCAUAUUUAUAACUGGAGACAUAUCUUUUAAUCAUGAUAGGCAUUUUCUCACACAUGCAUGUAACCCAAACACA